CCGCAAUACGGACAUGACCCAGCAUCUCGGUGUACUUGCUGAUGGCCGAGCACCAUUAAUCCCACCCUUUGACAUCAAGAAGUGUCUGUCGAAAGCAUGAUGUUGUAAUUUUUCGAGAAAAACUGAGAGAAGUUGAGAAGUUAGCGCUUCUUCCGGAGAUCUUUUGGACGUCUUGACAGUGAAAGGAUAUAUUUAAGCCCCUUCUGCUUGAAUCUACAACUGUUGGAUAUCAUCCGGCUCAGACAACAGUCUUCUCAUUUCAUUCUCGACUUCCAAUCACGUGUACCUUUUUUCCUCCGAAGACUUGAGCAAAGUGGUGUCAUUCGUUCGAGCGUUGGAGUCUUUGAUACUUGGAAACACCAUUGUUCCUUCUCCGAUCUCCUACAACAUGGCCCAGCACUACGAUGUCAUAAUCUGUGGCAGCGGCUCCGCUGGUCUUUGUGCAGCAGUCUGGCUCGCACGCCUUGGCAUCAAAUGCAAAAUCCUCGAAAAGAGCUCCGGACCCAUGCAACGCGGACAAGCAGAUGGCGUCCAAUGUCGAACAGUGGAAGUCUACGAGAGUUUCGGACUUUCAGAAGACCUUUUGAAAACCGGAUAUCAUAAUCUGGAACUAUCAUUUUGGGAAGGAGAUGAGAAUGGGAAUCUGGUUCGGACGAGGAGGGCGGCUGAUACUAUGCCUGGGUUGUCGCAUCAGCCGCAUAUUAUUUUGAAUCAGGCGAUUAUGAAUAGGUUUUUGUUGGAUGCUAUGUUUAGAUGGAAUGAACAGACUGUGGAUUACGGGUAUGCUGUGAAAGGGGUUGCGGUUGAUGGGACGGAAGAUGGGGACUACCCUGUGGUGGUCACCGCAGAAAAAGAGGGUAAGGAAGAGAUAUUUAGGGCUAAAUACGCACUUGGAUGUGACGGUGCACACAGCAGUGUCCGAAGGUCUCUAGGAUACAAAAUGAUUGGUGACAGCACAGACGCCAUCUGGGGAGUGAUGGACGUAUACCCAAAGACCAAUUUCCCCGAUAUCAGAAAGAAAUGCACAUUACGCUCAAACAGCGGUACUCUUAUGAUCAUUCCUAGAGAAGGAGGUUCUCUUGCACGCUUCUACAUUCAACUUCCAGCAGGCACAAUAGCCAAGGACGUCAUACUUCAAGACUUACAUCAGGCCGCACAACAAAUCUUCCAUCCAUACACGGUGGAGAUCUCAAAAACGUACUGGUGGUCAGCAUAUGCCAUCGGACAACGCAUCGCGGACUACUUCUCGAAAGAUAAUCGAAUCUUUCUAACCGGAGAUGCAUGCCAUACUCAUUCUCCAAAGGCAGGGCAGGGGAUGAAUGUCAGUCUUCAAGAUGGAUACAACAUCGGCUGGAAACUGGCUGCGGUCCUACAAGGUCGAGCAUAUCCAGACCUCCUAAAAACCUACAACCUCGAACGCGAAAAAGUCGCCGCAGACCUAAUAUCCUUCGACCGAACCUGGACCAAGCUCUUUACCAUCAAAUCCAGCGACCACGAAGCCAACUACUUCAGCGAGCAGUUUAUCAAAGCCGGGAAAUACACUGCUGGAUUAACGGCCAAGUACGACGACUCGAUUAUUACGGCUGCGGCGAAGAGCAGGCAGGAGUUGGCGAGGGGGUUGGUGGUUGGGAUGAGGUUCCCGAGUGCGCAGGUCGUGAGGUUCUGUGAUGCGAAGGCGAUGCAGCUUGUUCGGGCAUUGCCGGCGGAUGGGAGAUGGCGGGUGGUUAUUUUUGCGGGGGAGGUGGGGGAUGGGAGGUGUAAGGGGAGGUUGAGCAAGUUAGCGCAAUUCCUCUCUUCGAAAGAUGGACCUGUUCAUCGCUUCACGCUACCAGGAAUGGAUGUUGAUAGUUUUAUUGAGGCGAUUGUUGUGUUUUAUGGUGGGAGGUUGAAGUUGGAGCAAGAGGAGAUUCCACAAUAUUUCUGGCCGACGACUGGGGAGUGGGGGAUGAGGGAUUUGCACAAGACAUUUGUGGAUGAUGAAAGCUACAAUUCAGGCCACGGUCAUGCGUAUGAAAAGUAUGGUGUUGAUGUCAAAGAAGGUGCCGUGGCAGUUGUGCGACCUGAUCAAUAUGUUUCCCUGGUGACCUCACUUGAUGACCACGAGGGCUUGAUGAGUUUCUUCGAAGGAUUCGUGACUUCACCCUCGCGGCAGGAAAAACAGAACGGAAUAUGAAGAGAAGGGUUGGUGCUGCAAUGUGCAAUUCUCAUGGCUGUCAGAGCUAGUAUUAUAUAGAACACCCAAGUUUUUCUUAAAC